AGCAGCAACAACCAACAUGAGUCUGAAGUUUCUGGUUAUACUUUUUGCAGCACUCCUCUAUUCUACUGCUGUUCACGGUUUCCUAACAUUCCGGGGGCCACGGUGCUUUUGUAGAGGCUCUACAGUGGACUCGGUGAAUCCAGCAUACAUUAAAAAGGUCUCAGUAUUUUUUCCAAGUGGCAGUUGUGACAAAAAAGAAAUGAUUAUCACCCUGAAAAGAGGUAAGGGCCAAACAUGCUUGAAUCCAGAAUCCAGGCAAGCAAGGCUGAUCCUAAAGAGAGUUCUAAAAAAGAAUUCUUAAAAAGGAAGAUCAUAACGCAACAGAAAGGACUUCCAGACUUGGAUCAAGUCCUUUCAUGAUUACUAAACCACUCAUUCCCCACUCUAAAAAUGAUGGGGCACUGGAGGAAAUGGCCUUUCAGGUCCUUUCCAGGUCUAGAUCUAUGAUCCUACAAUCUGCACUCUAGACUAUCUCUUUCCUUGUUUCAGCCUACAUCCACAGGUGAACCAGCACGCUCUAGCCCAAGAACCACCAAGGAGGUCGGCUGUCUACAGCUGGGGGGGCUGUGUUUGGGAAAAGCUACUUUCCUUUCUCAACUAUCAGACUGCUCUUGUAUUGGUUACAGUGUCUCAUGUUGCCAUCAGGAGUUGUAGCAGAGGUAUCAACAUAUUACUCAUCACAUUUAUUAUUAGUCAAAUAUGAUAGAUCCAAAUUCAUAAAUGUUAUAGGAAAUUAUCUGAGUAAUGAAUGUUUUUACACACAAAACAUGAUUAUCUUUUGAAUAAAAAAUACUUUCUAGUUAGUGAGGGAAGAAUUUUUAUUCCUCCAUAAUACUGUUAUAAUAAAGAAUUAGCUUAAGUGCCAUUGUAAAAGCAAAUUAAGAACUGGGGAAAAGGAGAAGAGCCAAGAUAUUCCAACUUAAUGUGGCAGCUCUAGUAUUGGCUCAAUGGAACAUGUUCACUGAAAUGUACACUUUCAGAAACCAUACUCAUUAUGUAUUUUAAGUUUUUUUCUACUUUCAUACAUGCUUAAAAUAAGAAAU